AGACACAGACACUCUGCUCUUCAGAUCCAUAUACUGAUUCCCUCUGCAACCAGUGACAGGACUGUUGGCUCUAAAUAGGGUGGCCCUGGUGACUGAGAUGGCAUCCUCUCUAAAGGUCCUAGGCCCUCUCUUGGCCCUGCUGUUCCCCUUAUGCGAGCUCCUUGUACACAGCCAGAACCUUUCCUGGAGGGAAUUUAUGAAACAGCACCACCUGAACACAAACUGGGAAUUCAGCAAGUACAGAUGCAAUGAUCUUAUGAGGGAAAGAGAUAUCCCCAAAGACAAGAACAAUCACCUCUUUGUCUAUACCUUAUGGCAAAAAAUUGAGCGUAUGUGCAUCAGGAACUGGAGAGAUCGCUAUAGAAAUGUGUAUAUAUGGGGUCAAUAUCCUUUCAAAACCCUCAAAUGCUACCGGAAAAAUAACAAAAGUAACUAUAAAGAUUACAAGAGCUAUAGCUACAUUGAAUUCCACUGCAGCAAGAAUGGCUAUGUUGAUAGCAUAGAGGACAUGCGGGUGCUAGAGGUUAUCAGCCGCUAGAAAGUCCACCCACACCCACUGCUUUGAGUGUUCUGUUUCCCAAGUGGUGGCCUUGCCUCCAUCGAUGACUCUUGCAUGUACGUGUCAAUGUUUUCCAACUAAGAGCUAUGUUUCACAUGGUUUCUUGCCAUCAUCACUGUGCCUAUGUUGUUUCUCUGCCUGGAAUACUCUUCUAUCCUCAUAUACCCGAUUUUCUUCUACAUUUUUAAAAGAUCCAGCCCAUAUAGCAUCUCUUUUUGACUAGCCUAGGAAUGCUCCUGACAAUGACUCUCUUUACACCUUCACGAGCUGAAUGAUAUUACCUUCCCUAAAUA